AUGGCGGCUCCAGAGGGAGCCAGGUAUGGGACAGGUGCAUCCCUCUUUGAUGUUCAUCAUGAACGUAGUUUCCUGCUUUGUGAGCUAUAUUGGAAGUUGCAGCUGAUUGUAUGGCUUCCCUUUGCUAUUUUAGGUGUGGGCUUUGCCACUCGGCAGGUGGGAAAUGUGACUAAACCAACAGUGAUCAUCAGUCAGGAGGGGGACAAAGUGGUGAUCAGGACGCAAAGCACAUUCAAGAACACAGAGAUUAGUUUCCACCUGGGAGAAGAGUUUGAUGAAACUACUGCAGAUGACAGGAACUGUAAGGUAAGGCGUGCCACUUCUCUGGGGUGGGUGUGGGGAUCAGGGAAUAAAAGAGAUUCCUCAGGCUACUUUUUUUAGAUGAUGGGAAGUGGAGUACGUUCUCAGUAUUUCAAUGCACAGAGGAGGACAUCAGGGUUAAUUUUGCACUCUGGCACACAUUAGUUUUGUUCUAAACAAUGAGUUACUUAUAGCUCGCGUGUUGACUCUCUUACCGUAUUUUCACAUUAUAUAUCAAACCUUUCAGAAAAUAUUUAAUAGCAUUCUUUUGAAAGAACGAUUGCAUUUUAUUUCAUCUCUCCGAUUGCCUUGGAUUCACUAACUAGACAGCUUGCCUCAUUCUAAGGCUUCGUUUAAAGGAGAAAGGCGACUAGUCUGAAAGCUCUUGUUCAGGGUUUUAAUUUCUAACAUACAAAGUUGUUGCAUUUAGAUGUACACAUUUCAAUUAAAUUAUGAAUGACUCGAGUUUACAUACUAAGGGCUCUAGAAACAACAG